AUGGUUCUUACCACAGUCGUCUGCUACUUGAUUUGUUGGAUGCCUUAUGGUGUGGUCGCCCUGCUCGCUACCUUUGGAAGUCCUGGAGUGGUGACACCAGUUGCCAGUGUGAUACCUUCCAUUCUGGCCAAAAGCAGUACUGUAUGCAAUCCGCUAAUCUACAUUUUUAUGAAUAAGCAGGUAAACCUAUAA